AGGUCAGACUGCAUCACUUGGAUGCUUUAUCUGCCAGAGGUGUGUCAACGACAGUAUGACGUCAUGCUAUGAUGGUACCUUCAAUGAUGUUAGACUGAGUAGUAAUUAACUAAAAGUAACUUAUAAGUAUUAAUAAGAAUGCUUAGGUACAGUUGACUUGUAAUUACCUUGUAGGUGUCUAUAUUUGGCCCAGUUAAAGAGACCUAAACAAGCCAUGGCAGCUUGCCAGUAUUUUCAACUUGUGAACCAUAUUAUGAUUGGUUGUAAGGAUGUGAUGGCGUUCCUUCCAAGCUCCUCCCACAUGAGGUGACAGGAUUAGAAGAAUAAGUAGAGCCUGAUUAGUUUUUAGCAGCCUUGUGCAAAAUGUUUCUGGAGAGACAAACAAAAACGCAUGGAGUCUGACAUACUACUGUACGAGUUAAGGAGACGAUGGUGCUCUCCCUGGUGCUCUCCUCCUCAGGUCAACAUGUUCAACCUCAUGAGCAAUUGCUGCAGCUGGGUCUCCAAACUCCAGCAACCCCUGAGGAAGAUCACAGUGCUAGUGGUUGGCUUGGACAAGGCUGGAAAAACAUCUUGUGUCAGAGGGAUGUUGAGAGUGCCCCCUGGAGAUGUAGGUCCCACCCAUGGAUGUGUCCGCACUGAAUUAAAGCUGGAGAACUACUUGGUUAACAUUCUGGAUAUGGGUGGGGCUCCAGAGGUUCGGGGGUCCUGGAGAGAGCAUUACGGUGAAGCUCACGGCAUCAUCUUUGUGGUGGAUUCCAGUGACAGACAACGAAUGAAAGAGGUCAAAGAAGCUCUAGUGGACUUGCUGAAGCAUCCAAGAGUAGCAGGAAAACCUCUUCUUGUGCUGGCCAAUAAACAGGACAAAAUGAAUGCUCUGCUGGGAAAUGAACUCAUUGAAAUUCUCUCCCUAGAGAAGCUUGUCAACCAGAGCCGGUCCCUUUGCCAUAUUGAGCCAUGUUCUGCCUCAAUGGACCUGCGCCGCUGGUCCGACAGGAAGACCCUUCGAGGUCUCAGAUGGCUUCUGCGAGCCGUGUGCCUGGACUACCCAGACCUCUGUGCCCGUGUGAUGAGAGAUGGGAAGCGACCUUUAGGGCCAGAAGAAAAGGAAAGGAGAGGAAAAAUAGAGAAGAGCCGGAACAAAUCUAAAGAGGAGAGAACACGGAUAAGCAAAACAGAUAUCCGUCAAGAACAUCACAGUGAAACUGUAAGAAACAAUGGGACUCUGCAACCAAUCAAAAACAUUCUAAAUAAGGAGAACUCUUUAAAAAAGAAAUUAAGCAAAAAGAAGAAAGUGAAGGUUAAAAUUAAGAAGGAGAGUCCAAGCAGAGGAGUAAAUGAAGAAGAGGUGGAGGAGACAGAAGGAAAUGAAGCAGAACAGGAACACAGCAGCCAGAAAGAAAAAGCAAGCAGUGCAUUGCUGCCACCGAAACGUGGAAAGCUGAAACGCAAAGCCAAAGUAAAAGAAGAGAACUUGGGUAUACCAGAAUCCCCCAACAGUGAGGUCUCCAAACCCUCUAGAGGAAAAGAGGAAAGAAAGAGAAAAAAGAAGACUGUUACAGUAAAACGAAAGAACAAGAUAAACACAGAGGAAGUUCCCACUACUUAUGCACAGUCUGUAGAUCUUUCAAAUACUUUCGACCUUUACCGAAAAGCAAUUUUGGCUCUCAAAGCCCGACAGGAACAGGACAUUGUCUCGAGAUAGUGAAGAAAAAGGAUCAUGGACGUUAUCGCACAGAUUGAAGAAAUGGAUGGCUAAUGAACAUGCUGAACCACGUAUUGAUGUUGUUUACCCACUGGAUGAUGAGCUGAGCCCAUCUGCAAACUGCAAACUUUUGUAAAGACUUUUUGAGGUAAAUUUUCAUAAGAAUAUGUAUAAUUUGUUUUGUAUUAAGAGAUUAUUGAGAAAUCACUGAGAAUUAACUAUUCAGGAAGUUCUGUUUUGAAGAAAGACUAGCCUUCCUAUGAAGAUGAUAGUGUCCUAAAAUACUUUCGUAUUAUUAAGAUUUUUCAUUGUGACCUAACCUAAGACAGUAUCUGACGGUUUACCAUGGUGUACAUUGCAAUGACUUAUCUAUAACUUAUUUAUCUACGAACGCGAGAUGUGUUCUUUACAGGUUUGAAUAAGAAGUUGCCUACCCUUUUUUUGUGAAAUUGUAUUUAUUUGUACAUGUACCUUUUUAAAAAAUAUGAAUCCAUUUCAUUUUAGCCAAUUUGUACUUUUUAUAGAUGUGCGAUGGUUUUAUAAGGACAAAAAAUGCAUGAUGGGAUACUUAUUUCUCAGAAUAAUCGUCCCUGAAGUUUUUCCACCAAAUGAAAAUGAAAAAUAAAAUCCUGAACAAAACAUUGUGUUAUUUUU